AUGGCGAAUUGGUCUGAACUUUCAUACGAUCUACUUGUUACGAUCGCGAAGCUUGUUACAGAGAUAGAGGAUUUCGUUAUAUUUGGUGUUGUUUGUAAAUCAUGGCGAACUGCUGCUAUCAAAGAAAAUUUUGAUCUGUCAUCAGCCCAACUCCCGUUACUUAUGCUGGCUGCUGAUAAAGAUGAUGAUUAUCGAGAAUUUUACUUUCUUUCCCAAAAAACAAGUCCACCUAAAGGGCCAUUACGUCUUCCAGCUCAUCAAGGACGAUGGCGUUGCACUGUGGAAUAUGUUACAGGUAUCUUAGAGAUGACAUUGUGGAGCACUUCCUCACAUGCCCGAAUCAUUCCUCCAACACGUGAAUAUAACAAUCACGUGGUCAUUGACAAAGUUGUGUUAUCUGCUGAUCCUUCCUUAACAUCCGACUAUGUUUUGAUGAUUUCGUAUUAUAAUGGCCAUGUACGUUAUUUGGCUUUUUGGCGACCUGGAGAUCUCGUAUGGAAUAAAAUUGAUAUUAAAAGAUGUGGUAAAUUCCAAAAUAUCCACUACUUAAAAGGACAAUUUUAUAUGAUCACACGUGUUGGAGUUUGGGUUAUUGAUGUUGCAACGCCUAGUAAUCAAGAACCCCGUUUGGUUGUUGAGAAAAACAAUUGUGGUCUACCUUGGCCGUAUAAAAAGCAUUUCUAUCUAGUUGAAGUAUCAGGUGCACUAUUACUUAUUGCACGAUAUUCUAGUAAUGAUAAAUUUGAUAGAGCUAAUUUUGGAUAUAAGACAUAUGCAUUUCAAGUAUGGGAACUAUAUCUAAUCAAAGGAGAAGCGAAAAGAAUUAAAUUAUUGGGAGAUAGAGCAAUACUUUUGGGGUAUAAUGCUUCAACUUCGAUUGACCCUUCUAAGAUAAAAGGCGUGAAGCCUAAUCACAUCUAUUUUACUGAUCUCAAAUUGGGUGUCAGAUAUAUGUUCGCUUAUAGUCUUGAAGAUGGAAAAAUUCAAUCUUUUGUUCAGACACAUUUGGUAGACUUUUGGUAG